AACAACAUGUACCAAAUGUUAUUUAGCAUUUAUACCAAAUAUGAAAGGCUGCAAUGAAUGUUACAAAUUAUAAAAUAAUGAACCACCUUAAUGUGUUUAUUAAAACAUGGUUAUCGAUUAUUACUUUUUAUCGGUAAGCUGUUAUGAGAAAUAAGGCGGGAAAUUUGCUGAUUGUGCGGAAAAUAUUAGUAAACAUAUCAAUGUGUUUGAGAGUUUUAAAUAAGAAAGUUUGACAAUAAAUCAGGAAUUAUAAGGGGAAUUUGUCAAUAAAAUGGAGAAAACUCUGGUUGACGAAAGCAGUGAUAGUAACAUUGCAUGCUCAAGUAAUUUUAAGGAGAUAGAAGGUGUUGAUCCUAGCAAUGAAACUAAUGUGGACCAAAAUAAAAUUUUUGAAAUGGGUGAUGGAACGUACAAAGUGGAAGAAGAUAAUAUUGCCCAUCCAGAACAGGCUGAAAAGCUAUCGAAACCAACUGAUAAGCAAGCCAUACAAAGUCAACAACAGCGUUUACAAAGAGAAGCUCAGUUUAGCAUUCCGUACCACAAGCCAAAGAAAUAUACGUUGAAGGAAUUUCUUAGUCGGCGUACUAUUAUCAAACCAUGUGAACCCACCAAAGAGAACGGGUUUUCGGAAGCAUUUGGGAGAGCAAAAAAUUUAAAAAUGUCCAAAGAAGAAUUAGAAAUUUAUUCAAAAUUAAUGGAAGAUAGAGCCAAAGAAGCAUCUGAAUUUUUCAAAGAUGAUAGCACGGAUGGAUCAACACAAAAAGGCGGUGAAUGUGGUGAAACAGUUUCUAUUAGAGUAGUUGUAUCCAAUAAGCAAGAAAGCCGGGCUGAAGCCAAUACUAUUCCACAAAAACUCCACGGAACAAAUGAAAAUGUUUCGAAUGUUGUAAUUACGGAAAUUGUAGAGCUUCCAAAAUUGAAUCUGAAUGAUAUAGCUAAGGAAUUAAAUUUAAAAAAUAUCAUAAAUCAAACUUUGCUGCCCAAAGAAAGGUCAGAAUUUCCAUUGAAAUCAAACUCAAAUGUUUCUCAACUAUUAAAGGCUAGUCCCACAUUAAAAGGAAAGCAGGAUAUAACAUUCGAUUUGAUAUCGAUCGAAAAUGAUACCCCUAAAACAAUUAGCAGAGCUAAUAGUUUGCUGGAAAGACUUAUGAAAACGAACACCUGUCAUAAACCUAAAACUAAUGAAACUAUUGGGAUAAACAGGCCGAAAUGUAAAACAAAUGCUCUAAAUGAUGAAGUUGAAACUUAUUCGAAUAAAAAACCUGGAGAAUCAUUUUUAAAAUUGAAAGACAACCUGAAGUCCAUCAUCGUGGAAAAGCGUAGACAAGAACUAAUGAAAAAACAAAUGGAGGAAAAUAGUAUGAAGAAUGCUAUUGAUGACCCUAAAUACUUGGAAGAUUCUAUAGAGUGCGAGGAUAAACUAUCGCUGGGUAGCUCUGACAACUCUGAAUCUGAGACCGACGGAGAAUCUGUAAAUGAAGAGUAUUCUGAGGAUGAUGAUAAAGAUGUUCCAGUUGAGAGAAACCAAACAUCUAGCUGGGAUUCUAAACCGUCAAACGGCACCUUGCGAUUAGAACUUUACUCUGAUGAUUCCAAUGAAUCGCAACAUUUUAAUCCAUCAGCCAUUAGUCAAGUACCCGCAACACAGAUAUGUAAUCCAGAUGAGGAAGCAGAUCAAUUAAUAAAUUUAUGUUCUGGUACUUUUGAAACGCAACCGACCAAUGCACAAAAUCUAACUAUCUACAAUGAAAUCCUAUCAUCAAGUGGAGAAAAUUCUUCACGUUCAAGUGGUGAAAACAUACGAACUAAAAAGUUAACAAAAAAAAUAAAAAAAUCGAAAAUGAAAUUGGGGUUUUCGGACGAUGAAGCUGAUGAGUCCGACGAGCCUGACACAAAUGUAGUCACAAGCGAAAAUAAUUUAUCAAUUGAUGACGAACCUGCUACUUAUAUUGAUUAUGACUCGGAAGAAAAUGAAAUAACGGUGGAAUUGACCAAGCAAGACUACUUAAAGAAAGCUGAAAUCUUUUUCGAAAGGGAGGCAGAACUAUCUGACUCCGAAUGGGGCAGUGCAGAUGAAGACGAAAAAAAUUUGGAUCAAUACGAGAAUGAAUUAGGUGACGAAGAUGUAUUCGAUAAAGAGGAAAUAAGAGAUGAACUGGGAAAAAUACACGCGCGUAAAAUGUUAGAUGAGGAUUUGCGGCAAGUACAUAAAUUGCAAGAAAUUCUAUUUGAAGAUGAAGACGAAGCUGCUCAACGACAGCGUAAAUUUCGGUGGAAAAAUUUUGACAAUUCGUUCAACCUUGAAAUUAAUCAAAAUAAUAUCACAGAAACAAAACCUGAAGAAGGCAGUGAUGAUGAAAACGAGCAUUUAUGGAGAAAAAUACGUUUUGAACGCGAACAGGCAAUAAAGAAUCAUUCUUUAAAUGAAAAUAUCUUAGAAGCGAGCACCUCCGUUAUUACACCCAAAAUAAAUGAUAUUAGAAAUGUUACAAGGGUAAAUAUGUCGAAGUCCAUCGUCGAUGGGUCUGAAGAAAAAGAGAAGAGUCCAUUUUUGAUAUCGAAAGAAUUUAUCAAAUCUGAAAGCGCUAAAGCUCGAAGCUCAUUUUUACUAAGGAAUAAAAAGGUUUUAACAAAAACAAUUUGUUCGGUUAAAAGCAGUAGCAUCGAUGUAAACACAUCACCAGACAAAAUUGGAGUUAAGACGAUAAAUUCUAACAAAUUUGUUUUUACUACGUUGACUUUUGAAGAACAUGAGACUUUAAAAAGGAAGGCCGAUGAAACGAGUGGAGGUAUUGAUACCAAAAUUGUAAAGAGGGCUAAAAACGAAAUAAAAAAGGGAGAAUAUUUAAUAGAUAAAUUAUUGUAAAUUAUAUUUUUGUCCAUGAAAUUAUUUAUACUUGAACUUAAUUUAAGGAAAUACAUGCAAUAAUGAGCUAUAGGCAUUAA